AUGGCAUCACAGACCUCUUCAACGCCUCCCGCUGGGAAGGUUGAUCUUUCUAAGAAGCUUUCAGCAUUGCGCUCAAACACACGCAGGCCAAACGGCAAUGGCCGAGACCCAACUCCAAUAACCCCACCUCUUCCUUCGCCGCCAGACCUCUCCGCCAACCAAUACCAGCAACCAACUCGACGCAUCCUAUCUCCUAAAGACCAUCAACUCUACCUUUCAUCGCCGACCUACACCCUCGUCCUUGCUUUUGUCUUUGGACUGACUGACUCUGUGCGGGGGCAUUCCAUCACCGAUCUCCAAAAGAAACCUCAAUCCGAAUCCAUCUCCAAGGUCCUCUCAGUCCUUACCCAGAUACGAUCCCUCCUAGAAAAGAACCCCCCAAUUGAUCAGGGUGGUUCUCGAUUCGGCAACCCCGCCUUCCGAGCAUUGUGUGAUGAUGUAAACGCCCAGAGCGCAUCAUGGCACACCAACAUCCUCGGAAUGAAAGACAGUGGUGCAAUCGAGGAAGCUUCGACAUACCUAGUCAACUGUCUCGGCUCACGAGAGCGAAUUGACUACGGUUCCGGCCACGAACUCAACUUCAUGAUGUGGCUGCUAUGUCUGUACCAGCUCGGUCUGCUCCCUGCCAGUGAUUUCCCAGCCGUCGUGAUUAAAGUCUACGUCGAGUACAUGCAUCUCAUGCGAGAGAUCCAGUCUGCUUACUAUCUUGAGCCUGCUGGAUCACAUGGAGUGUGGGGUCUGGAUGACUACCAUUUCUUGCCAUUCUUAUUUGGGGCCAGUCAGUUGGUUGGCCACCCGUAUAUCACCCCGUUGGGUAUUCACAAUACGGCUACUUUGGAUGAGGAGGGUGAUAAUUAUCUCUAUCUGGAUCAAGUCCGGUGGGUUGAUAGUGUUAAGACGGUGAAGGGUCUGCGUUGGCAUAGUCCUAUGUUGGAUGAUAUCUCUGGUUCCAAGAAUUGGAUCAAGGUUGAGAGCGGCAUGAAGAAGAUGUUUGUUAAGGAGGUGCUGGGGAAACUCCCCAUCAUGCAGCAUUUCUUGUUUGGAAGUCUUUUGCCUGCUGCUGAAGGUAUGACUGAUCCUUCCGAAGGAGGUGUUGAGGAACAUGACUGCCAUGACCAUGCUCAUGGCCACGAUCGUCCCCAUGAGAGUGCGGACUGGUUUGGUGAUUGCUGCGGUAUCAAGGUGCCCAGUACUGUGGCUGCGGGCGCUGAAAUGCGUAAGCGAAUGGGUGCGGGAUCGAACCUGCGCCCCAUUCCUUUUGAUUAA